AUGCCGCCUCCCGCCACCACGUACACCAAGUACGAGACGCGCCGCCGAGACCCGGACCCCCGCGCGGCCGCGCUCCUCGUGAUCGACGUGCAGGGCCACUUCGCGUCGCUGGCGGCCCCGAUCAUGCCGUCCAUCGCGUCCACCGUCGCGCUGUGCCGCGCCGCGGGCGUGCCCGUCGUGUACACCCGCCACGUCGACACGGCCCCGCGCCGCGCCCCCCCGCUCGGCGAGUGGUGGCCCGGCGACCGCAUCGACGCCGGCACGCCCGCGGCCGAGCUGCUCCCGGGGGCCGGCAGGGCCCCGGGGGACCUCGUGGUGGAGAAGAGCACGUACAGCGCCUUCGCGGGCACGGGGCUGGAGGAGACGCUGCGGCGGGCGGGCGCCGAGGAGGUGAUCGUGGCGGGCGUCAUGACCAACCUGUGCUGCGAGACCACCGCGCGGGACGCCUUCGUGAGGGGGUUCCGCGUGUUCUUCUCCGCCGACGCCACGGCCACGGCCACCCAGGAGUUGCAGGAAGCCACGCUCGCCAACAUGGCCUACGGGUUCGCCUACAUCGUCGACUGCAAGCGGCUCGAGGCGGCGCUGGGGAAGGCGGCCAAGUGA